AUGUCAGUUCUAGCCAACACCACCAAUCCGGCCCUCAACCCGGACAAAAACCCGCUCCUACGGUACGUCUUAAAACGGACUUUCUAUGCCCAGUUCUGCGCCGGCGAGAAUGCGGAAGAAGUACGACGGACCAUCUCCUCGCUCAAAAGUGUGGGUUUUGCGGGGGUCAUCCUAGGGUAUGCGAAGGAGGUGGUCCUCACGGAGGCCCAAACCCAGAAUCUUGCGUCCUGCAACUCGGGCCCAGAAGCCGACGAGUGUGUCCGCACCGAGGUCAACCCGUGGGCAACAGGGACGAUGGAGACGGUGCUCCUCGCUUCGCCCGGCGACUUUGUUGCCCUCAAAUUCACGGGCGCGGGCCGCCAAGCCCUCUACGCCCUCUCUCGGUCCUUGCCGCCCUCCGAGGCCCUGGAGACAGCUAUCUCGGGCAUCUGCCGGCUGGCCGCCUCGCGCGGCGUGCGCCUGCUCUUUGAUGCCGAGCAGCAGGCCCUUCAACCCGGCAUCGACGCCUGGACGCUCGAGUUUAUGCGCAGGUUCAACACGGCCGACCGCGCCGUGGUCUACGGAACGUACCAGGCGUAUCUGAAGUCCACGCCCACAACCCUGAGCCGGCAUCUCGCCGCUGCCCACGACGGCGGGUUUACACUAGGCGUCAAGCUCGUCCGCGGUGCUUACCUUGGCUCCGACCCGCGGCAUCUGAUUCACGACACCAAGGCCGACACGGACGCGGCGUACGAUGGUAUUGCGGAAGCACUGUUGCGGCGGCAGUGGAACACGACCUUGCGACCACAGGACGAAUCCAGCUCGUUCCCUAAUGUCAACUUGGUGCUCGCCACGCACAACCGGGACUCGGUGCUCAAGGCGCAGGCGAUUGUUUCCUCCUCCAAGCGCGAAACGGCGCUGACCGACGUGGCGUUUGCACAGCUGCAGGGCAUGGCGGACGAACUCAGCUGCCAGCUGGUGGUCACUUCCAACCGCGAGGCCGCAGAGAAGCCGCGUGCCUACAAGUAUCUUGUGUGGGGCUCGACGGGCGAAUGCAUGAAGUACCUGCUGCGCCGGGCCCAAGAGAACCGCGACGCUGUGCAACGGACACGCGAAGGGCGGGAUGCGAUGCGCUCGGAGCUGGUCAGGAGAGUCAAAAGGUUCUUUGGUAUCGUAUCAUGA